UGAUGAUUGACGGGCGAACGACACGCACAAAAGCAUUCGAUUUUCGUAAAUACAUGCACUUUGAAAACAACACAAUUCCGUAGUUGAUUGACGAAGAAACGAACCCGUAGAAGCUUGAAUAUUUUAUUUGCGGUUAGAAAAAUGAUGGAUCGAGCAAAGAGGAACGAUAAAGUCUUCGCUGACUUCGAGUGGAUGGAGAAAAUGGAUGAAUUCGACAGACAAAUCGAGGCAGAACUGUGGGAAGAGGAAUUGAUCCGAUGCUGUAUCGAGCAGUUACUCGACGAGGAAGAAGACAGAGAAACGUUGACAGCUGCCGAGAUUCUACAGCAACAAAUGGAGAAGACAACGUUGGACGGGGAAAAUGGAGAAAGCCAGAGACUCGUCAACGGCAAUGUCUUUUCGACGAGCUACAGAAACGGCUACAAUUCUUCACUAUCCGUGAGUAUUUUGCGUACUCAGUAAUAGUUUGAGGUUUAAACUUUGCACGAUUUUAAGCCGUUUUUAGAGAAUUAUCAUUUAUUAAACAUGGCCUUGGUUUAUCUUGUUUUAUAAUACGUUAAAUUUCGCGUUAAAGCCGUUCGGGUUAUAUAAAAUACAUUCGCCUUUGGUUCAAAUCCGUAUUUAUAAAAGAUGUGUGCGUUUAUAGUAUAGAAACUUUUUGAACACGCGUGUAUAGAAAAGCACUAAAAUAAUACGUGCCGUGGAUUCGCAAUGAAAAUACUCCAUAAUGUUUAUUCUCUAAGCUAAACCACCUUGCUUUGCUAAAUCUGUAUUUUGACAUUCGACAAGUUUGCGUGCCAUAAAAUCUGUCAAGCUUGAGUAUAUACUUUGGCCAUUCGCUUGGCCACUUAACAACUACCUAUUAUCCCGACAUAUAUUGUAUUUAAAUCUUUGUCUGACGUAAAUAAAGAAUAUAAGUUAUGCAAAACACCGUUUAAACAAAGCAUGUGGUUUGAAAUAAAGGGGGAAAGCCCAGCAACUUUGUGCGUUGUUCACUCUGUCUGUCUCGAUGAAAACAUAGCUAGUACUGUCAUACUCUUGUACUAUACAUUUGAAUUUUUACUCAAGUUUGUGAUGAUAUGCUGACCUAUGCCCUUGGCCCCUUUUUUAGAUGUGAUCAUUACGAAACUUUUGGCAUCAAAUAACAACCAUUACUGGACUAUCCCCAAAAUGUCUUGCACACAUAACAAUUAUGUUUGUAAUAUCAAUUUUCAAUCCAGCUCAAAACAUCCUAACCAAACAGCUGUCCCCUUAAUACUGUAAAAUAAUUUGUUUUGUAAAUCCAGCUGGUUAGGGCAAUUAUGAUGGUUGAAUGUUUGUGAAACAUUAACCAUUGUUUAUAAAGAUUCUUGAUUAUUAUGAAAGCGUUGGGCAUUAUAAAGUGAAUUUGACUCUCACAAAAGACCACAUUAAUUAUUCUCUCCCUUGAUUAAAAGGCUGUGCCCAAAGUUUGCUUGUGGCCAUGGUGUAUUGGUUUCUAUUUCUGUGCGGCCCAACCCUUUCCUUUUACAGGUCUUGUAAAUUAUACUCACAUUCUGCCCUCGUACCAGUAGUCUUCUAUAUUUUAGUUUACAAGCUUGGUUGAAAGAUCUAGCAUUAAAAAGACAAAAAGAACUUCCAUAUUUUUCUGAUAGGUCAUUCAACCAAUUUGUCACUGCCUACUUUGGUGGAACCAUAGUUCUAUUUUAAUUAAAUUAUCAUUCAUUUUCUUUCUAAAGGUUUCAGGAAGAAGUACGUUAAAUCCAAAUGCAGCUGUCUUUGUCCCCCGCAAUUGUCAGGCAUCGUCAUAGCAACGGCGCAUGCCACCGUAUGGACAGUAGUGUGGCAUGAGUCUCCAUUGAGUGUGAAAUAAUUUUAAAUUAUUGUACAUAAAAUUUUUACGUUUAGACUUCUGCCAACAUUUGUAAAGAUAUAUUUUAAAUUAAAUUGUUCUAUAAAAUAAAAGUUGUGUUACAA